AUGAUCGACCCAAAAAUUCAUCCUACAAUACCUCCUGUGAAAGAAAUUACUCAUACGUUAACACCUCCACUUAACCAUUUUAAGGAAUGGAUCACUAGAUCUCUCACCUUAAAACUAUUUGAUCCGACUGCUCCUACCAUCAUCUUUACAGAUGCCAGUUUAACCGGUGGUGCUUCAAUAAUAUUUCAACCCGAAACUCAUAAUAAGAAACAAAUCCUAUUUCCAAUUACUUUCCUCUCCGUUCGUUUUACACCUACCCAACAGCGCUACUCUACGGUCGAACGAGAACUCUUUGCUGUUUUACAUGCAUUGGAAAAGGGUAAUUUAUUAUUAUCUUCUGAGAUCACUAUCUAUACAGACAACAAAGGUAUUAUCAGUAUUGGAAAUUCCGAUCGCAAUACCCAUCCACGGUUUACGAAAUUCCUAGAUUUAUUAAAUGGACAUCGACUCAAAUGGAAAUAUCUUCCUGGCACAAAGAACGUGUUGGCAGAUUAUUUAAGUCGUUUCGGUUUAAAAGAUCAACCAGAACUAGACCUCGAUCUUUUACAGAAAGACGCUAUUGACUUACCAGUAGCUACUCUCUCCUCAUUGAAUCUCAAUUCAACAGAUGCGAGCCCUAAUUCCACUACUAUUGAUCCAGCCUCUUCUGUUCCACUUUCCACUGAUAACACUAAUACACCUGAGAUUACUUCUAACACUACUCCUUCUGAACAAGACGAAACUGAAGAAUCAUUGGACCCAAACUACGUGGUGGACAAUGUCAAUUCUUUAACCAUGUCGCAGCUGAUUCAAAUCCAAACACUCCUAUCUACUAAAGAGACACUCAUUCCACAUCUGUUUUCUAAAGUUAUUGAUAAAUUUCUUUAUAUUUCGGAUCUUCUUUAUAUUAAUCUGGACUUAGUUCUGUAUCGCGUUGUCAUUGACAACGACUAUAUUGAAGUAGCUACCAAGCUACAUGGAUUAUACCACUGUACUCAUCGAGUCUUGCAAUUAGCCAUGAACGACCAGAAACUAUGGAAUCCUAACUCAAAUCUCCUACUACUUGAUGUUGUAAAACAAUGUCCCCGUUGUGAGACUUAUCAAAAGUUUCGCGACAUCCCCAUUGAAUUACCUGAGAUCCGUCGAAUUCCUGUCUUUAGCCGUUGGCAUUUAGACUUUGCUGGACCGUUAAAAGACAAAGAUGGCUAUAAAUAUUUCCUCCUAGCUGCAGAUUAUACAUCAAAUCUCAUACUCGUAAAACCGUUACGAGAACAAACCUUCCACAGUGUCUAUGAAAUCAUGCGGGCAAUUUAUGCUAUAUUUGGAAGUCCCCAUAUGUUGAUUACAGAUAAUGGCCGACAAUUUGCGAACGCCAUUAUACCACAGGUAGCUCGAAGUCUGAAACUUAAAUAUUACCAGAGUUCGGCUUACCACCCUAGAGGUAACUCUAAAGCUGAAAGAAGUGUUAAGAUGAUUAAAGAGGUUUUAAAGAAAUUGGACCCUACCUUUACUAAUUGGGUAACUAAUAUUUUCGUUGCCGCCAAUAUUGUCAAUAACACAAAGAUGCUUUAUGGAUAUUCCCCUAGAGAGAUCGCAUUUGGUCUCCCAAGUGAGAACAUUGAAGUUGAUUUCCAACAAGCAGUUAAGAGUCUUCUGCAGAAAGAAAACAACGAAACCGGGGAGCAGAUAACAAACCAAGAACAGGCACAUCUAUCUUUGAUGAGUCAUGUAAAAACGAACGAUAUUCGUCUCAAAAUGACAGACGAAAGAAUUAAAAUUCGAGAACUAUUAAAGAAUGCGAGAAAGGAUACUGAUAAUUAUGUACCUUAUACCCGUGGUGAAAUAGUCUAUCGACUCCGUGUAAAGAAGAAUACGUUCGAACCAACUUGGGAUGGACCAUACCACAUUGAAGAAGUUGUAGCGAAAAACACUUAUAAGCUACGAGACAGAGAUGGAAAGGUAAGAAAAGCGACCUAUGACGGCUCGAAAUUGAAACCAGCAUAUAGCUUUUAUGGAUCGGCAAUUAGAACAGCUGCCGAAUACACAAGAGUAUAUGGCGAUAAGGAAAGAAAAUAUUUCUUAAAGACAUUAGGAGAUAUUGAUAAAUAUAUCGCAAAAGAACCCAAGAGAGACUAA